GGAGAGACGAGGAGGCCGAGGAAAGGAAGGAACACAGAAUGCUGAGCAGGCUGAGCAGAGGAUUGUUGAACUAUCGCAGCCUCGUCCUGAUCGUCUUCACACCGCUGCUGCUGCUUCCUCUUCCUCUCGUCAUCAGGACAAAGGUUAGUCACCUCUACACACCGGCAGCUAGACAAGGGCAAGGACGAAAACUGUUGUGGCUUCACUAAAGCUGCACUAGUCAAUGUUUUUUUUUUUAAAUUAACUGGAUCAAUGUGAAAAAGCUUUUUUUGCUUCGUCUUGCUCACAUUUUGUUUUUUCAUAGCAAAACUACUUUGAAGUUUAGUUCAAGUGUUUCCAGCAGCAGCCGACUACUUUCUGCAAACUGUCUGUGGUGCAUUCACUGACCGGAGAAAAUCUGCAGAAGAAAAAAGAAGAAGAGAAAACACAAUGAGAUGAUGUAACAGAGACUCUUCAGUGGAGCCGAUGCCUCCGUCAAGAUUUGUCUGUCUGUUUUCCUGCACUUUCUAAAACUGAUUGAACUACAACACACUGCGACAAAGUUAGAAACUAGCUGGUGAAGAGAUGGAACAACUUGCAGCCAGAGAGCCAAGUAUUUCCCCUCCAUCGCUGCACUAUCAAUUAACAUUUCUGAGCUCAGAAAUGUUAAUUGAUAGUGCAGCGAUGGAGGGGAAAUACAAGUUUCAUGAAAAUCUGUUCAGUAGUUUUUGUGUAAUUCUGUUGAGAAACCAACCAACACACAGGUGAGAACAUAACCUCCUCGGCUGAGGUACUUAAAAAAUAUGUCUUAUUGUGUUUGUGUCCACUGUGACAGGUCAAUGCAGGUGUGUGUGUGUGUGUGUGUGUGUGUGUGUGUGUGUGUGUGUGUGUGUGUGUGUGUGUUUCCUCGUGCAGGAGGCAGAAUGUGCCUUUGUGUUGUUGCUGAUGGCGACGUUCUGGGUGACGGAGGUGAUUCCUCUGCCCAUGACCGCCAUGCUGCCCGCUGUCUUGUUCCCCAUGUUCGGCAUCAUGACGGCCUCAGACGUGGCACACGAGUACCUUAAAAACUACCAGCUCUUGCUCGUGGGCGUCAUCUGCCUCGCCACCUCCAUCAACAAGUGGGGUCUCAACCGCAGGAUCGCCCUGAGACUCGUCACCAUGCUGGGAGUCAAUCCUGCGUGGUUGAUGUUGGGCUUCAUGUCCGGCUGUGCGUUCCUCUCCUUGUGGGUCCAAAACACCUUGGCUGUUACGAUGGUGAUGCCCAUUGUGGAGGCUGUUCUCCAGCAGAUCGUGAAAGACGAGGACGGCGGGUGUGUCGGCAAAGACAACCCCAACCUGCAGCUGGAAGAAGCUGACGGCCAUGUUGAAACAGUGCCAGUACCUGUGAGUGACCAGAAACAUCCAGAUGUUCCUGAAGAGCUCUUCACUUGUGUUCAAACACAGACGGUGUCGCAGUCUGCAGAGGUUGCUGUAGCUCAGGCUGCAGCUCCCAGCAGGAGUAAACAGAACCUGAUGAUUUGUAAAGCCAUCUGCCUCAGCAUCGUCUACUCGUCCAGCAUCGGAGGCAUGAGCACGCUGCCCGGCUCGUCGCCCAACCUCAUCUUCUCAGAGUACCUUAUCCAGAUUUACCCGAACUGCAACUCUGUUAACUUUGGGAACUGGCUGCUGCUGUGCCUGCCCAUCAGUGUCCUCAUGCUGCUGCUGACAUGGCUGUGGCUCACCUGGCUCUUCAUUGGCUCAGACUUCAGGUUCCUGUGGCGAUGUGGGGGAGAGCCGUCUGAGAGCGAAGCCGCGACGAGAGCAGUGAUAGAAAAGCAGUACAGGUCACUGGGACCAAUGAGCUCUCAGGAGAUGUUCACUGGGGGAGUUUUCCUGGUGAUGGUGUUGUUGUGGUUGACCAGAUCUCCAGGUUUCAUGCCGGGCUGGGCUUCUCUCCUCCCUCAUCACUCCGGCUACAUCACUGAUGCCACCGUGGCUCUGCUGCUGGGCCUCCUCUUCUUCAUCGUUCCUGCCUACGGACCCUCCAGAAAAUAUGAGGCCAUGAUCUCCUGGGGGGAGUUCCAGGCCGCCAUGCCGUGGAAAGUGGUCCUGCUAGUCGGCGGAGGCUUUGCACUCGCUGAAGGCACGAAGGUGUCAGGCCUGUCUUUGUGGCUGGCCAAGCUGCUGACACCUCUGGGUGGCCUGCCGGUCUUAGCCACGAUCACGGUCGCCUGCAUCAUCGUCACCACGGUAACGCAGGUGGCCAGCAAUGCUACCGUGGUGACCGUCUUCCUCCCCAUCCUCUCUCCUCUGGCUGAGGCCAUCCACGUCAACCCGCUGUACGUCCUGAUCCCCAGCUCCCUGUGCACGUCCUUCUCCUUCCUGCUUCCAGUAUCCAACAUGACAAACGCCAUCAUCUUCGCCUACGGAUACUUAAACAUCAUCGACAUGGUGAAGGCGGGGCUUGGCGCCGCCAUGAUUGGCAUCCCUGUUGUGCUGUUGGCUGUUGUGACGUGGGGAGUCCCAUUAUUCUCUCUGGAUACGUACCCUGACUGGGCUCCGGUCCUCCCUGGGCUCAACUCCACAGCGCUCUGAUGAUGGAUAUGAGGCUCAGGGAGCUCCAGGAGACAAACUGCUCCUUCACACUGCUCAGGAGGAAGAGGAGGAGCUAAAAACAGAGCGAACGAUUCAUCACGUGGACACAAACACGACACUACAUGUUGCUGCGUGUCUGCUGUCUGCUAGCAUGUUAGCCACAGCUGCUAAUGUUGUGUUUUCAGCUCGUUCUGCAAGACAGCGAAACAUGAGGGAGCUCUGACCAACAGUCUGUGAGGAUGGAGUCAAACAAGACGAACGUUUAACUCUUCAACAUGUUUGGUUUUAUAUAGAUGUGUAUAUUUAUCAGAGACAGUCGAGGACUUUUCAAAGGUUUUCACGUCGAUGUUUCUUUGUUGCUUUUCUAAUUGUUGACAGUCCUCACCCACACUCACUCAUUUUAGAUUUCUUUUGUAGUUUUUAAUAUUUCAACAGUGUGUGUCUGGUACGGUAUAAUUACUGGGGUGUGGCAGCAGCCCAAUGACCCUGGACAUUUUGAGACUGGUUCAGUGAUCAGCGAAUUAAAGCUUCACCUUUAAAUGAUUUGUGUUAUUGAAGAGACAAGGUGAGUCUCCCACGGUGUCUGUUUCCUCUGUUGCUCUGGAAACUCUGACUGAUGGGUGAUGAACUACACGAGAGACACACUGACCUCUAGUGGCCACAGUGUCUGUGAGUCUAGUCUCUGAACACAGAGCUGCAACCAUUACAUGUCAAAGAUUGUCUACACAGCAGGAGGUAUCUCACUGCAUGUUAAAACGUUUUUAAUCCUGACCUGCAAAGUGUUAAGUUCAGCUUCACUGUCUUAUGUGUCCAGUAAGAUGGCGGGUCGACACAACACAGAGUGAUGUGGCUUUUCGAGACGGGCGAUCCUGGAUGACGUAUCGCAGCCUCUCGAUGGUGAAUGUCACCUUUGGGACGGAGCCUUUGCAGACUUCCUGGGCCCAGAGAGACUUUGCAUCCUCCAGAAUCGCUCUGCCAAAUAAAACCUCUAAAGAUAAA